GGUAACACAUUCAAACAAGUCACCAUCUAGUAUAUAACAGCAGGAGAAGGAAGAAAAAAUCUGACAAAUAUUGAAAAGAAACAUAUUAUUUUUCUAACAGUAGGCCAUGAAAGCAAAAUUGACUGAAGAACACAGGGUUUUCUUACCAAGGCAGAGCAAGGUGUUACUGCCUGACUAGAGGACAUUCAUAAUAAUCCCCUAAAAAGUGCUGAAAAACAAUUUUUUUAAAAAAAUUAAAAAUACGAUCGCACUGUUAAAAUUAUCGCAUAGCAAUAUUCAUUGUUUUUCAAGUAUUAUGUUCAAGUUGAUUUAAUGCGUUUUUCAGAGCAUACACAAACAAAUAUUCAGAGUGCCUAAGUACCUUCCCUUUCCCUGCCUUGGCACAGAUUGUCCUCAGAAGCAGCCAGGACUUAGAGAAUUAUAAUUGCUCACCAGAGAGCAUUGCCACAUCACUGUCACAAAAAAGCAAUCUCAGCCAACUUCCUAUGCCCAAAACUCACCUUAAGAGCUUACAGGUGUAUUUUACAUAAACCAAAAAUAUGUAAAGUGGUUUACUGGAAUUGUUUUGAAACACAAAAUGGAAUAAAAUUCUUAAGUGCUUCAACAUCUUAGGCAUUAAUUUGAACAGUUUUGCAUGGCACAUAUGAAAUAUCUUAGUUCGGUAGAGUACAGCUGUAAGAAACCAUAUGAUAAUUUUCUCAGAGAAGGGGAAUGGAAUGAGUUUUUUUCCUCGUUUAUUCCUAUCAAUAGAUAUUGAGCACAAGAUCAUAGUGCAUUAAAUGUAUUGGUCAUGAAAAUGUUGGAAAUUCAGGCAUACAUCAUUAAGGAUGGCUGUGGGUACUACAUCUACAAGCCUUCCUCCCUCAGCAUUCUCUCUAGUAUGGCUUAGAGAGGGAGGUACAUAGUGUUUCAGGCAUGACCAGAGGAUAUCAGGAAGCGCAGUAGUUCUAAGACACUUAUUUUGAGGUCACUUUAUCUGGCAGUAGUGCAGUAUUCCUGAAGGUGCUGUUCUACUGUAGAACCAACUUAGAGCCUCCCACAUGAAGAGUAGCUCAAACAGGACAUAGCCCUUCUUGCUGAGAUGCCCCCAGAAAGCUGGGGUCAGCGUUGCUAAUGAAGGUUAGAGUUGUUAGUGUUGGUUAGAGUUUUCCACUGUGUUAUCGGCUUGCUUGAACAUCAUUUCCCCAUAGUCACUAAAGCACACUGCUUGUGCAUGAAAUCAAUGCAUCAAUUUAUUUCCUGACUCCCUAAGCUUAUUUUACUUUUUUUUUUAAACCAAAAGACAAAUCAAUCCAAAAUUGUUCAGCAGCUGCUGAUUACUCUCUAUAUCACGUCUUACCAGUGCUUGAGGGGCACCAUCAUGCAGCCUCUUAUAGAAACUGGACUUCAUCUCACUCAUACCGGGAUGCUCUAUCAGUCCCUGGAUAUUAACACUGUGGGGAAAGGAAAGAUCUUUCAAUUCCAGUCUUCUUAAAGAGAUGUAGUAUAUAAAAUGUUCCAUCUAUAAAAAGGGAGGUCAACAGGGGCUGCAGCAGAAGUGGACAGGGAGCUGUGUGAAUCAGAAAGGGAAAAGAAAGAGGUGUUGUUAGUGGCUAACGAUCGACCCCCUAGUCCCUCUCGCGGCAGGUCCAGUUGCCUCCUGGAGCCUGUGCCUCCUCUGAGAUGCUCCCUCAGCAGUCCAGCCCGGCCAACUCCAGCACGUCCUGCCCGCCACCGUCAGGGGAAAGGGCUGCAGAGCUGCGGACCCGCGCUGGCCGUAUCCCCGCUUCCUACCUGCAGCUGGGCUCGGCGGGAUUAGGUUGGCCUCGGCUCGGCUGCGGCUAUGCUCGGCUGAGCGCCACGCGCUCCACUCCGCUCCUCUCGGCCCCGCUCAGUCUGCAGCCCCGGCCCGGCUUGUCUGGCGUUCAGGAGAGAGAGAUGUCGUUGAAACCAUUCACCUACCCAUUGCCCGAAACAAGAUUUCUUCAUGCUGGCAGGCAUGUGUACAAAUUUAAACUCCGGUAUGGCAACUUUAACAGCCUCUCCCAAUCUGGUCUCACUGAAAGUGCUGCCAAGGAGUCAGAGGAAGUGAUUCGAGUGAUCCUUGGAAAUCUUGACAAUUUACAUCCAUCUACAGACCACUUUACUGUCUUUCCAUAUUUGAGUAAGUGGGAGCAAGUAUCAAAGGUUAAAUUCAAACACGAGAAUGUCCAUCUCCUGCCUUAUCCCUACAUUUGUACAUUGUAUCUAGAAUUGAACUCAUUUCAGCAAAACAUAUCUUGUGGUAAAGAAGUAAACAAGGGCAGAGAUGAGCUUGUCAGGAGAAGAAACGAGUGCCAGAAAAGUACUGCAAUGGAAGAAUCAGUGAAGAGGAGAAGAGUGGAAGUCAGAGAUGAUGCCUCAUGCCCACAAUCAUAUAUGGCAGAAACUGGAGCUGACUGUGUUCACCAGAUGAGUAAAGCAGAGCAUGGAAUUGAAAAGAAUUCUUCCAAAGCAAAUGAGCUUGAGUUUAGCCCAGCAUCCCUUACUAAAGACUAUGACCAACUGAGUUUCUGGGGACCUGUGGAAUUUUCCCUUGAACAAAAAAGAGUAGUCAGUCAGGCUGAGGGUGCAGUGCAGCUGCUGCAGCAAAUAGACCAAACAGGAAAGAAAGGAAACAUGAAGUCAGAAGGAAGAGGUCUUUCACACUUCUGGAGAAGCAUCAUCUUUUCGCCACUACAACAUCUUUUUGGUGGAAAGAAGUGACCUGGAAGUACUAAUUGUUGUGGAAAGGUAGAUUUG